AUGGCCACCAAUUGUUUCUCCUUUCUAUUUUCUUUUGUUGUUCUUUUAUUUCUAUUUGGUUUUUGGAAGAAGGUGGAGGCCAAUGGAUUCAAAGAACUGACGGCGAAUGUUAAUUACCAUAGUCAUGUUAUUACACUUAGUUCCUUGAUGCCGGCAAAAGUUUGCUCUAAACCAGCCAAAGGUUCCGAAGUCUUAAGCAGGCUAUUGCAUGUAACUCACAAAUAUGGACCUUGCUCACCAUUGAAGGAAGGGAAAUUAAAAAUCCCUAGUCUUCGCCAGAUUCUCAUCAAGGACCAAACCCGAGUCAAGUCAAUCAAUUCCAAGAUCUCCAACCGACAAUCAUCGGUAGCAGGUUCCACAGUAAAACUUCCUGCCAACUCUGGCGAUUCCCUAGGGACUGGAAACUUUGUUGUGAGGAUUGGAUUUGGAACACCUGAGCAAAAUUUCAUACUAGAAUUCGAUACAGGUAGUGAUCUUACUUGGAUCCAAUGCAAACCAUGCGCCAUCCAAUGUUAUUCACAACAAGAUCCCUACUUCAAUUCUUCUGCUUCCUCCACCUAUUCCAACAUCCCAUGUGGCUCCAACGCAUGCUCGCAACUGAAUUCAGCGGGCUACGCGCUGCAAUUCUGCAUCACCAAUUGCCUCUACCAGGUCACAUAUGGUGACGGAUCCUACUCUCAAGGGGAAUUUGUAACCGAUACACUAACACUAUCUUCCUCUGAUGUCUUCCCCAAUUUUGAAUUCGGGUGUGGUCAAAACAACCAAGGCCUAUUUGGUACUACAGAUGGAUUACUUGGCCUCGGCCGCAGUGAGAUCUCAAUAGUAUCACAGACUGCUCAAACGUAUGGAAAGCUUUUCUCCUAUUGUCUUCCAUCAUCAACCAGCUCCACUGGUUUUCUUGCAUUCGGUAGCCAAGCUGGUUCUUCCUCUUCUAUUGCUUCAUACACUCCACUAAUAACAAAUUCGACAUACCCAUCGUUCUAUUUCUUAAAUAUGACUGGUAUUAGUGUUGGAGGGAAAGAUUUGGCAAUCUCACCAUCAGUUUUUACAACUUCAGGAACCAUUAUAGACUCUGGAACUGUGAUCACUAGGUUGGCACCAGCAGCCUAUUCACCACUUAAAUCAGCUUUUAGUGAAGGAAUGACUCAGUAUCCAACUGCACCAGCUUAUUCAAUACUCGAUACAUGCUAUAACUUGACUGGAUAUAGUACAGUAACAGUACCAAACAUAGUGUUGCAUUUUGGUGGAGGUACUGACUUGAAUGUUGAUAGUUCUGGGAUUCUAGUUCAAGCAAGCUCAUAUCAAUAUUGCUUGGCUUUUGCUGGAAACAGUGCUGAUACCGACUUGGGGAUUCUUGGAAAUAUGCAGCAGCAUACAUUUGAGGUGUUUUAUAAUGUGGUAGGAGGAAAGCUGGGAUUUGGUGCUAGUGCUUGUAGCUAAUGAGAACCAAGAGAAAAAGGAAAAAUGAUUCUUAUGCUGUAACUUGUUUUAUAAUAAAUCUGUUGGGGUUUGGAGUUAAUUAAACCAUC